GAGGUUUAGUUCAGUUGCUCUUUGAUUGUGUUGCGCUUAUGUUAAUAUUCGUUACCACUUGAAAAUUGAAGUUGAGAAGAAAGGAACAUACGAAAAAAAAAUAUAAUACAGCAGACAACGCACAUUCAUUCAAGUGACUCUGCUCGGGACAGUCGUAAAACGAAAUAAUAUCGGAAGUAAUAUUCAGUCGAUGUCUUUUAUCUAUGGACACUUCAUAAUUUUUUAGUGCUUAACACUGACCUAUAGUAACAUCCACAGCAAGAAAAAAAAAAUCAGUAUUUGUGUGAAAAAUAAAGACAAGCUUGAUUUGCAUAAUCGGUCUAUCCUUAUUUCAUGAAUUCUAUGCAAAUUUUAUUAAUCAUAAUAAAAAUGAUUUUUAUGUUGUAAUCUGUUGUAAUGAAAAAGCUACAAUAGAAGUGAAUCAUAAGCCAAUUGCGAAAAAAAAAUUAUCAAACAGAACAAGCAGCAUAAAGUGAUAAAAUUUAUGUAAAUGCAGUGAUUUGUGGAAUAAAUAAAAAUUUGCGUACAGUAAUGUCACAUUUAUCGCCAAUUAAUCAGCGUUCAUCAUCACCGAGUUCAUCAAAUGAUGACCAGGAUCAUUCAACACCCCCUCCACUCUCAAUACCGCCCGAGAUACGAAUUUUUCAACAAGAAAACGGAAGUGAUAAAGGAUUAAUCAAUCAUAAUAAUAAUAACAAUCAUGACUUACAUCAAACGCCGACGCUAAACAGUAAAAAGUCAUUUUGUAUUGAUGCUUUACUAGCAAAAAGUAGGAAUGAUGAGAAUGGAGAAAAUGAUGUGGAUGUACAUAAAAGGAUACACAAUAAUUUUAUUAAUAAUAACUAUAAGGAUAAUGUGAUUUCAAGAGAUCUCAAUAGCAGUCCUGAUGACAAUUUGUCGAGAUCAGACUCACCAAUAUCAUCGACAAGAUCGAGCCCGCCAAUCAGUCCAGGAUGUGAAGACCAAAAUUUAUCUGAAGGUUUUGCAUCAGAAGAAUCAUUCAAACGUCCAAUUCCGCCUGAGAUGCGACAUCAAGCAUUCCCUCCUCAAUUCUAUAAUAUGUAUCAACCACAAUUGCUGUUACCCAAUAAUUCAGCAUUUCAUCGCCCUGAUGGAAGUGGGAAGAUCCCCAUCCCCGGUUUCGUUCCCCAUUUAUCAAAUCUUGAGCUAAUACGACAAGCAGGAAUUUUCUAUCCUCGAAUUACAGAUUUAACGGGCCAGCACGGUCUAUUUGGUAAGACGAGGAGACCUCGAACUGCUUUUACAUCACAGCAACUUCUCGAGCUGGAAAAGCAAUUCAAACAGAACAAAUAUUUGUCACGUCCUAAAAGAUAUGAGGUUGCAAGCAAUUUACUACUAACUGAAACUCAGGUGAAGAUUUGGUUCCAAAAUAGGAGAAUGAAAUGGAAACGAUCAAGAAAAGCACAGCAAGAAUCGAAAAACAAAGACAGUAAUGGCGAUGAGAAAAGUCCACGUGAGCGUUCUUCUUCAACAACUCAAAACCAAUCAUCCUCAAAAAAUGGACCAAGCGAGAAAGUCAUGACAAAUUUAACGAAUAGCAAUUUCCACUUUCAAAAAAAUAUUGAUCCUCAUUUAUCACAACACUCAAUUUUGCCGACAGCACAUUCAAGACAUAAUCUCACAAACAAAGAAGUCAUGCAGAACGGUAUUGAUGAAAGCUAUUCAAGCAAUCUUAUCAGUCGAGUGCAACCGAAUGUGUUUAGUAAUGAUGGAGAUGAUAUGAUUUGGAGAGUAGUUUAAGCAUAAUUGCUUGAUUUUUGUAUAUAUAGGAAUAAAAAGCUAGUCAAUAAACUAAGGACUCUCUUAAAUAAUUUUAGUCUUGCAACUUUCAGGAUGCCUGUAUCUUUGUAUUUUUCUCAUUUGAUCUAAUAAGUUAAAUAGAUGCAUUCUAAUAAGAACCCAAUGUAUCCUUUUAAGAUCCAGGAAGUUGCAAGACUGCUGAAUUAACAUGUAAAAUUGAAUUUA